CGCAUAGCCGGUGGAGUAAGACAGAGCAGAGAAGAAGUGUGUGGCCAUAUUGCAUUUUGUAAAAAAAAGUCAGAUAAUAAAAUGCCGAAAGUAUAAAAAUAAAUAUAAAUAAACGUGUCUUGUGACUGUUCAAAUUAAUAAAGUUUAAAUACACAAAACGAAGACUUCAACAACGACAGUAAUUUAUAGCGUUACCAUUUAGUGUAUUUAAAUUAAAAUGAAUCAGGAAAACUCUUCUGAGAUUACUGUCGAAGGUAAAGAAACAAAUCCUGCUGAAGGUGAAACUUGUCAAGACGAAAAGAAUGAAGGCGAAGAGACUGUUAAUAAUGCUCCAAUAGUUGAAAAUGAAAAUCAAGUAAAUGAAAACCAAGUGAAUGAAAAUGAGAAUCAAGAUAAAGAAAAUGAAAAUCAAGUUAAUGAAAAUGAGAAUCAAGUGAAUAACAGUGAGAAUGAAGUUAAAGAAAAUCAAGUGAAUGAAAGUGAAAAUCAAGUAAAAGAAAAUGAGAAUCAAGUGAAUGAAAUAGAUGAAAACGAAAAACAAUGUUCUACUACAGAAUCCGAAAAGCCUUUGGAAGAAAUUCAUGGAGAAGAAUCAGUAGCUGAACAAAAUGUCGAAUUGAAUAAGGAACCUAAUUCUAAUACAGAAAGCGUUCUCGAGGAAAAGUCUGAUUUAAAUGUCAAUUCUAAUGACACAAAUUUAAAAAUAGAAAAAGUUGAUACCAACGUUGAUGCGGAAAUUCAAGGAACAAAUUCGUCAGCUGAAAAUUCCUUAACUCAAAAUCCAAAGGAUAAAGUGGCUCGCAAUCAAAAACGUGGACAUAAAAAUUCUAAAGCCGUAAAUUGUGACAAAUAUGGAUGGCCAAUUGGUUCUAAAUAUUGUACAGAAGUGAAUGAUUCAUCGAAUGAAGUGAAUUUUGCAGAAGACGUAGAUUUAGCUAGCUGUGAAACAAAAGUGAAUAUAGAUAAUAAAACAUCUCAAGAACCAGACGAAGAAAUUCUUUAUGUUGUUAAAUCUCCAUCACAUAGAACGGCAAAUACAAAAAGAACAAUUGUAAAAGUUGAAGAGGUUGAAGGUGCAAUUACAGAUGGUAUACAUGCUGGUACGCAUGUACCACAUUUUCUAAAUUAUCUUAGUUUACAAGUUAAAUUUAAAUUCACACUCGCUCGACUACCUGAUGGAAAAUUAAAAAUAACCUUUAGAUUUGUUGGUAAAGGUGGUGAAUCUUUAAAAGACAUUAUUUGUCUUUGGUUACGACGCAACGAUGAGGAUAAGGAUAAAAUAUUUUGUGAAACUUUAACCAGAAAUAAAGAAGUAACAUUAUCAAUAUUGGCUCAAAAAUUUCACGAACAAGAGAAUCUUAAAGAAGAUAUUGUAACACUUUAUGAAGAAAUAAAAAAAUUAAUUCCCGAAUAUAGAGGAAAAGAAGGUUUAAGAAGUGAAGACGAGGCAUUUUUAAAGGCAUAUCGAAAUCUCGAUAAUAAAUUACUCAUUCUCAUAAUGUUAUUAUUUAAAGACAAUUGUGAAAGUAAAAGAGACAGUAAAUUUCUUUCAAAGUUUCGUGAUUUAUAUUUUUCACUACAAAUACGUCCUGGUUUUACAGUGAAACAAUAUCUCCAUGUUAUCUAUUGUUACAAUAUGAUAUUCACACCUUAUUUACCUCAAGAAUUAGAAGAAAUGGUAAAAAAUUAUGCGAUUAUGAAAAAUAUCACAUUACCCGAUUCGCCGCCAUUAAUUAUUCCUCCAUGUGGUCAAAAAACAAAAUUAACAGUUAUUAAUCCCUUUGCAAAAAAGAAAUUACAAAAUACAAAACAAGAAGACAAUCGUGCCAAGGAAAAUACUUAUGCGGAAUAUGAAAUGGUUUCCGUUAAAACAGACGAUACAAAACCAGAACAACUCACUGAAAAUGCAAAGAAGAACGUUUCAAAAAAACGACAAACCUAUAGGAGAAAUCGAAGACCUUAUUACAAAAAGAAUAAUAAUCCAUCAAAUACAAAAAUACAACAAGGACAAAGAACUAAUCAACAAAAUUCAUCAAAUCCAAGAAAUAAUCUUAGAAAUCAAUUUAAUAAUAAUUCACGUAAUCGACAAAAUCUUCAAAAUCAAAAGGAUAAUUCAUUAAGAUCAAGAAAUCCUACGGUACAAAGAAAUCCAUCAAAUAAACGACAACAAAGAAAUCAAGGUGGUCCACCAGCUAAAAAACGAAUUGUCAAUCAAAAUAAUUCAGUUGAUCGUGAUACAUUAUCAAAUCCAGUUUCUUCUGUUGAUCAAGGAAUUCAGGAAAAUUUCUCAUCAUCAAGAAAUCAACAACAAAAUAAACGUACACGUCCCCGUACACGUCCACGUCGAAAAAAUAUUUCUAAUCAACAAAAUAAUGAUAAUUCAAGAAAUAAUCAACAACAAAAUUCAAGAAUUAAUAUACAAAAUCAGAGAAAUAAUUUAAAUUCAAGAAACAAUUUAAAUCAAAGAAAUAAUACACAAAAUCAGAGAAAUAAUAUACAAAAUCAAAGAAAUAAUCAGAAUUCAAGAAAUGAAAAAAAUAAUUCCACAAAUGAAAGAAAUCAUCAACAAAGAAGAUCGCGAAGAAGAUCUGAUAUAAGAAAACGUAAUAAUAUGAAUUCUGAUCAUUAUUUUGGAAUGUCGGAUAUGUCAUCGCGUAAUCAAGGUUUCUCUUCAACAUCAUCAUCAUCAAAUAAUCAUGAAUUUUUAUUAAACAGUCUACGUAAUCAGAAUCUCAUGCAAAGUAACAUGAGGAAUCAUGAUAUGGGACGAAAUCAAAAUUUUACCAACGAUCGCAAUUCAAUGUUUUCCCAAUCAAAUUCACGAAAUCAGAAUUUUUCACAAGACAAUAAUUCACCGCGUCAUAAUAAUUUUCCAUCACAAUCUAAUCAACAACAACCGCCUCGAAGUCUUUUUGCCCAACGAUAUUUUGAUAUGCCACGCAAUCAAAAUUUUUCCAAUACACCACCACCACCACCACAAUCACGUAGAUCAGUAUGGUCAUCAGAUUUUGCUGGUAGUUCACAAAAUUAUUUUCCAGGCUCAAAUAAUUUUUCCAAUAGAUCAAAUAAUUCAAUGAAUAGAAAUUUAGGUGAUAAUAUGUCAUUUUCAAAUUAUAAUAAUUCACGAAUGUCAUUCGAUGACGAUAUGCAUACACAUAAUUUUAUGAAUUCAAAUAAUCAAAAUUGGGAUAAUAAUGAUUUUAAUCGAGGAAAAAGAAAGAAUAUGCGUGAUGAUUGGAAUAGUAAGCGAUCAAAACGUGGGAUUUAAAUUUUAAUGAAAAAAGAAAAACAUUUUAGGAACUUUGAAAUAUAAGAGAAUUUUUUAAUAAUAAAAAAAAAAAAAAAUUCUAAUAGACGAUAUUUGAAGAGGACUGAGUUGCGUUUUCUAAAAUUCAUUUCAUAUUUUCUGAAUUUUUUUUUAUAAAUCUUUAUAAUAAUAAAAAAAAAGAAUGUCUCGGAAAAUAAACACGUUUCAUUAUUAAAUAGUUCAGAUUAUUCAUUUCAUAUGAAUUUGAAGUGUAAUAUAUAUAUAAGAAAAAUAAGAAAUCUGAAAUGAAUAAAUGUAAUUAUAACAAUAAUUUAUCAACUAUCUUCUUUUAAUUACUUUAAUAAUAAGAAAGUAAUAUUUUUUAAGAAAAAAGAAAGUGAAUAAAUUUUUUUCUUUUAAAUAAAAAAAAAGUGUUUUUCAGAGACUUUCUUAAAUAAAUAAAUAAAUGCAAAAUCCUUUAAAAUAUUUGAAGAAUAUUGAUUCUAUGAAGUAAAUUAAACUUCUAUUAUUAAAAAUAGUAACUAAGAAAAAUGAUAUUAAAAAAAAAAAAAAAAAAAAAUGUAUUACUUUUGAUUAUUUAAUGUUACGUUAGAUAUGAUUGUAAGGAUUCAAUUUUUUUUACAAUUAAAGUACAUAUUGUACUUUUUAAUUUAAAUUUAUACAAGAAAAAAAUGUUUAGUAUAAAUGUAGUUUUUUAGGAAAAAAUUUUGAUUUCGAAUAAUAUUAAAAUAUUGCGAUAAAAAUAAAAGUUUUCGGAGAUACAUUGUAUAUAUAUAUAUAUACAUAUAUUGUUUUUGUGAAAACAAAUAAAUGGAAAAAGUAUAAAA